GAGCUGGAGGAGGGAGAUAGAUACAAGGUAACAAGGAGAAGAGAGCAGACACGGAGGAGGAGUGGGCUUUCGAAUGUGGCAGACACCCUUCUGGUCUCACUCAGGAUUUCCCACUGCACACUCACCAACGCCUUCCCCACUGCUUGACCUGCUGGAGCCUCUACCAGAGCUUGGUAGUCCCAAGGACCCAUUGUGGAGCUGGCUCCCGGUUUUCAGACAUGCACCUUGGGUGAGGCUGCCUGGGAGGAGGGAGCAGACACACUGCACUAGGGGUUUCUCCUCUUGCAAGGGAUUCUCCAUCCCUCCUCCCUUCUAUUGAGAGUGCCCAUUGCCCACACUGCCAGGACAUGCAUGGGGUGACCAUCACUGGAGGGCAUCACUUACAGGGCAUACAUUUGUUCUGCUUUUACUGAACCACUCAGCAUGGGGAAUAUUUCAUCCAACAUUUCUUCCUUCCAGUCCCUGCACAUUGUCAUGCUUGGACUGGACUCUGCAGGGAAAACCACCGUCCUUUACCGACUCAAGUUCAACGAGUUCGUCAACACUGUGCCCACUAUUGGCUUUAACACCGAGAGGAUUCGACUGAGCAACGGUGCGGCCAAAGGGAUCAGCUGCCACUUCUGGGAUGUAGGGGGGCAGGAGAAGCUGCGUCCGCUCUGGAAGUCGUACAGUAGAUGCACAGAUGGUAUCAUUUAUGUGGUGGACUCUGUGGACGCAGACCGGUUGGAGGAGGCCAAGACCGAAUUGCACAAGGUGACCAAGUUUGCCGAGAACCAAGGAACCCCACUUCUGGUGAUUGCCAAUAAGCAGGACCUACCCAAGUCUUUGGCAGUUACCGAGAUUGAGAGACAAUUGGCACUGCAGGAGCUGAGCCCAUCUACCCCGUACCAUGUCCAGCCAGCCUGUGCCAUCAUUGGAGAAGGGCUGACAGAAGGCAUGGACAAGUUAUAUGAGAUGAUAUUAAAAAGGAGGAAGACUCUAAAACAGAAGAAAAAGCAGCGAUAACACUGGACAAGGAGAGGGUUGUACGCAAUGCCUACCAAAGAUGUCAGUGUUACGUGCCCACCUCAUAGUGGACACCACUAUUUUUUGACAUGUUUUGCCCUUAUAGGACACCAAUGGUAGGGAUUUACAAAAAAAAAAACGUGAAGGGCCUAUUUCUACUAUGGCUGUGCAGGGCAGGACCCUGCCAUUCAUUUUCUGUAAUGCUGAAGGAGAUACUGUGGCAUUGCAGAGCAAUAUAUGCAGUCUGAUCCUUUAGAACCAUGAAUAUA